AUGCAGCAUCUGUUGGUGAUUAAAGAAGAACGCCUCUCUGAAGAGAAACUCUGGACCAGUCAGGAGGGGCAGCAGUUUCAGCGACUGGACGACACUGAUGCCAAAAAGGUUCCUUUCACUGUCGUCUCUGUGAAGACUGAAAGCGAUGAAAAAAAACCACAGACAUCACUGGAUCAUCAAAACCAAACUCAGGAGAGCACAGAGGGUGAGGCUCUGACCAGCAGCUCAACUGCACAGAGCGCACUGACAGCACAAGCUGACAGAGAAGACUGUGGAGGAUCACAAGCAGUUGCCAGCUUACAACCAGAUACCAGUGGCAGGAGUUCAGACAGUCCUGAAACUGAGACUGAUGACAGUUAUGAAUGGAAGCACACCAGAGAACUUUAUUCAGGUUUAAACAAUCUGAAAAACAGUGAUAUCUCUGCUAGUGAUAGCAGACCCAGCAUUACUAGGAAACAAUUAACUUGUUCUGAAUGUGGAAACCUCUUGAAGGAACACAGAAGUACUCAAACAAAUGAGAAACUGUGUAGCUGCUCUGAGUGUAGCAAAAACUGGAACCAAAUGGAAAACCUUGACAGAGACCCAAGUCAUGCAGGAGAGAAACAAUUUGCCUGUUCAGUGUGUGGUAAAAGGUUUAGACUGAGGGGUAAUCUGAAUGUGCACAUGAGAAUUCACACGGGAGAGAAACCUUUUGGCUGUUCAGAGUGUGGUAAAAGAUUUAGACUGAAGGACAAUCUGAAUGUACACAUAAGAAUUCACACGGGAGAGAAACCAUUUGGUUGCUCUGUGUGUGGUGAACACUUUGGAGAAAAGAGCACCCUGAACAAACACAUGAGAAUUCAUACAGGAGAAAAACCAUUUGCAUGUUCUGUGUGUGAUAAGCAGUUUGGACAAAAGGGCAUUCUGAAUAGACAUAUGAGAGUUCAUACAGGAAAGAAGCCAUUUGUCUGUUUAGAUUGUGGCAAAAGAUUUGGACAAAAGGGCAAUCUGAAUGUACACACGAGAAUUCAUGCUGGGGAGAAACCGUUUGGCUGUUCUGAUUGUGGCAAAAGAUUUAUGUUAAAGAGCACUCUGAAAAAACACAUGGUUAUCCAUACAGGAGAGAAACCAUUUUCCUGUUCGGAAUGUGGGAAAAGAUUUGUUCAAAAGAGCAGUCUGAAUGCACACAUGAAAAGUCAUUCCUUCAGUAAACCGUUUGGCUGUUCCAACUGUGACAAAAGGUUUAUGCAUAGGAGCAGUUUGAGCAAACACUUGAUAAUCCAUACAGACAGGAAACCAUUUGGCUGCUCUGAGUGUGACAAAAGAUUUGGACAAGAAGGCAAUCUGAAUGUGCACAUGAGAAGUCAUGCAGGAGAAAAACCAUUUGGCUGUUCAGAGUGUGGUAAAAGAUUUGGACAAAAGUGCAAUCUGAAAGUACACAUGAGGAUUCAUGCAAGAGAGAAACCAUUUGGCUGUUCAGAGUGUGGUGAAAGAUUUGGUGAGAAAAGCACUCUGAGUACACACAUGAGAAUUCAUAUCGCAAACAAAUCGCUGACUCUUUGACCUGUGUGUAAUAUUGAAUCACAUGUGCCCAAUGGGAGUGGCUCCCACUCAUGGCAGGAUGAGAUAACUGCCCUUUUUGGUGUUCAGAAAGGUGGGAUUGGGGGAUUGAGUUCAUUUAGUGUGCCACUGUCAGUGACUUAUGUAUUUACGUUAAUUGCCACCCCCCUUUUUGAAAAGGGUUUU